AUGAGAAGAAAGGAGAGGAUAGCAGUCCCCGCUGAAAUCACCUCGGGCGAUAAGUGGGUCCAGGAUGAAAGGCGUCAGGACAGAGAACCGAAGGAGCAGCGCUUGAGGAGCGGUGUGACCUGUGACUCAGUGUUCAAGUCCAGGGCCUGGACGCGCGAGUGCGGCCCGGGCGCGGCCCUGGACGCCCGGGAGGCCGACGACCGGGCCGGGAUCCCGGCCGUAAAGGCGGAGGACGAGGAGGCCCCGGGUCCCGAGCGCUCGCGCCAGCGCUUCCGCGGCUUCCGGUACCCGGAGGCCGGGGGACCCCGCCGCGCGCUGCGCCGGCUCCGCGAGCUCUGCCGCCUGUGGCUGCGGCCCGAGACGCACAGCAAGGAGCAGAUGCUGGAGCUGCUGGUGCUCGAGCGGUUCCUGCGCAUCUUGCCCGGGCUGCGGGCUCGGAUGCGGGAGCUGCGCCCGCAGAGCGGUGAGGAGGCGGUGGCGCUGCUGGAGGAUCUGCAGGGCCCGCGGGCGGAGCCCGAGCCGCAGGUGGAGGGCGGGCGCGGGUCUGAGAGCCAUAAGCUCGAGAAGGGGCUGCGGAAAAUGGAAGCUGUGGCUCUGACUGUCUCCCCUGCACGGAUGGAGCUGGAGUCGCCUCAGGCGCACGUGUGUGGAGGUGGAAGGCAGGAGGGCCGUGGCGCUCUCACCUCCGCGGGUGGUGAAAUGCAGGUGAAGAUCAGGGACUUGCCUCUAGCUGAGGAGCAUCCGGAACAAGAGCCGGGGCUGAUGCGGUGCCACCAGGGCGAAGCCAUUGCCCAGACACCCCCACGAGCAGGGGCAGGUGAACAGGGCAGGUUACAGACGAAGCAGAGGGACACCAGCGUGAGGAGGCGGCACGUUUGCCACGAGUGUGGAAAGAGCUUUGCUCAGAGUUCAGGCCUGACUAAGCACAGGAGAAUCCACACUGGGGAGAAGCCCUAUGCAUGUGAGGACUGUCAAGUCUUCGUUGGCAGCUCGGCCCUUUUCACCAAAGUCCACACUGGGGAGAAGCCCUAUGCAUGUGAGGACUGUGGCAAGGUAUUCAGCCACAGCUCAAACCUCAUCAAGCACCAAAGGACGCACACUGGGGAGAAGCCCUACGAGUGUGAGGACUGUGGGAAGGCCUUUAGCCAGAGCUGCAGUCUGCUUGAGCAUCACAGAAUCCACACUGGGGAGAAGCCAUACCACUGCAGCGCAUGUGGCAAAGCCUUUAGGCGGAAUUCGCAUCUCCUGAGACACCAAAGGGUCCAUGGCGAUGGACAUGUCCAGGAUCCUGAGCGCGGAGAGACUUGGGAGAGUCACGGGAAGGUGGCGAGCCAGGAGGGGGAGGUCGCGGCUCCCGUGUCUUAUAAAUGUAAUGAGUGCGAGCGAAGUUUCACGAGGAACAGAAACCUUGUUGAACAUCAGAAAAUCCACACUGGUGAGAAACCCCACGAGUGUGAGGCAUGUGGAAAAGGCUUCACCUGAACAUCAUACCUUGUUCAACAUCAGAGAAGCCACGUUGUCAAAAAGAUCGUGUCCCGGGGACCUGUAUCUUUGGUGCCCAAAUUGCUGCUCCUUCCUCUUUGAACGAAGCCUCCCUGGAGCCCCUCCUGACCACAGAAGUAAUGGGCUGGGGCUUUAUUCACCACACGCCCUCAGGCAGGUAUUAGAUCUUCCACAUUCUACAGGGUGACUGGAAAAAUCCUUGUUUGAAAGGAGGCCCUGAAUUGUUGUCUGGGAGACGUAGGACCUGAGACAAGUUUGUCCCCAUCUAUUGGACUCCGGGGGCUUCCAGACUGGAUCAUCCCCUCAGCCACCACCUUUCCUGGGUCGGUGGUUCUGACUGAGGGGCUGCUGCUCUGGCUGCUCAUUCUACCCACAGGGAACCCUCCAGCCGUGGGUUGGGUCAAUGACGUCUUCUCCCCCCAUGGUGCAUUGCCUAUAGCUGCUACAUGUGAAAUGACCUUCACUUC